AUGCAACUCCCACCCGCAGGCACCCGCACGCAGCAGCAGCUCCUACCCCUCACGCACCCGCACGCCUCCCACCCGCACGCAGCGCCGCCGCCGCCGCACUCCGGCAGUCAGCGCCCCGCGCCCUGCGCCCCGGCCGCGCCAGCCUGCCCCUACACCCCCUGCGCCCUGCGCCCAGGCCGCCCCGGCCGCGCCGGCCCCGGCCGCUCCGGCCCCGGCGCCUCGGCCCCGGCUGCUCCGGCCCCUGCCCCGGCCGCUCCGGACGUGUGCGGACGCCCCUGCCCCGGCCGCUCCGGACGUGCUGGCGGACGGAUCUCCUUCGCCGACGUCGUCAGAGGCCUCGGCGCGGCGCGGCGCUGCCACUCCGACGCUCCUAGGCGGCUUGCAUAG